AGACUUCGCGGCCAGUUGUAGUCCACGCUUGUUCCCUUUGUACUGAGAUAAAUCGCUUACAGCAGCGUGACUGUGCAGUUUAUCUUCCUGUUAAAUAGCCCAAGCGUGUGCAUAGAGCUCGUCGUAAAGAAAGGUUUUGCCUGGAGCGUUGAACGAUGGAGAUUCUGGACAUCCUGCCUGCCAACUUCGGCUUCGCGAUUCUGACUUACUUCUACAGCUGGAUCAUGCUGACUUACCUGGGCGUUCAGGUGGGACGCGCGCGGAAGAAAUAUGACGUCAAGUACCCCACUAUGUACAGCAGUAAGGAGAACGUGUUUAACUGCAUCCAAAGAGCUCAUCAGAACACACUGGAGGUUUAUCCACAGUGGCUGGUUUUCCAGACCAUUGCUGCACUAGUAUAUCCCACGGCUGCCUCUGUGCUGGGAGUUAUCUGGGUGACCAGCAGGUUCUCCUAUGCCUGGGGUUACUACACUGGCGACCCAGCCAAGAGGAUGAACGGGGUGUACGGCUACAUCGGCCUCUUUGGCGUGAUCAUCCUGUCCUUGUCUGUUGCUCUGCAACUGCUUGGAGUUAUUUAGGAGUGUAUAAUUAGUUCUACUUUCAUACAUACCACUGACCAAGGUUUCAUUUCAAGACGUCUUCAGAUUCCAUUUUAUAGUUUUCUACUGUGAAAGUUCAUUUUUCUGAAAACCUGUGAAAGCUUAUUCAUAACACUGACCCAUGCACUUAGAUCGAAUGUGGACACAAGUAUGAAAUGAAUUUCUUCUCUAGAACCGUGAACGCUCAUUCAUACCACUAACCCAGUGUUUCCUUUCGAAAAGCAUUUGCUUAUUUUUAUUUCUAUACAUCACAAAUAUGUAGUACACUGAAUUUAUUUUUAGUAUUUCAUUUAUCUUGUAUUUCAUGUGUGCAGUUAAAAUCAGAAUAAAAGCUGAUAUUUUUAUUUUAAA